ACCCUUUUCCCCUCCACUCCAUCCUCUUUGAUAUCCCAGUAGCCCUCUUUGUCCCACUCCCUCUUCGUCGUCCUCCUCCUCCCUCCAUCUUCCACUGCUGGACGGAUGCCAUCCGCACCUACAAUAAACCAUCCAUCUGUCUGUUCAUCUGUCUAUCAAACAAUCAACUCGCCCAGACUGGCAAUACCGUGAUUAAACAUCGUCGGCACCAUCAUCGUCUUGUCGACCUGUGUCGCUACACGACCAACUGCCUCGUUUCACUCUGCCUUACACAGCAUCCCCCUCAUCACCUCGUACGGCAUUCUGAAGCACCUGGGAGUAAAAUCCCCUCCCCUCGAAUUAUUCAUCCUUAUUAACUUGAAUUUGAAUCUCAAGGAGCACAGCUCCCGCGCGCAACACGCGCAACUUGUGCAGCGUCGACAGAACGCAGCAAGUUGGACUUUACUUGACCCUGUCCACUAUCAAACGCUUCUAUCACUCCCAGUCGCGAUAUGUCAUAUCGUUGAUUGCGAGUCUUGUUUCUGCCUUUGUCGCAUUAUCAUCGCUUCUUACCUAACACGCGCAACACGUUAUUCGUUUGUUCAUACAAUCAAUUCAUUCUCUUUUGAAAAGCGCACUCCUUUCAAAGCGCAGCGAUCGCAUCGCAGCGCAUCAACAUUGGAUUUGAACCACACUCGGCUCAGGUCGAUACUUGAUACAGCCCAUGUGCUAGACGAUCUCCGCUUUGAACGCUUCAGACUCGUUUCUUCUCCACAUCCACACGCGCCUCCUCCGUCGCAUUAUCUCAUACUACCUUACAUACGCUACCUACGCUACAGUAUCACUGGCGCGCAAUCACCCGUAUUAGAGACCCUAAUUAAGAGUCACUCACCGUUGCUUACACCCCCCGCUGCGCCGCCGCCUCCUACUCCUCCUCUACUUCCUCCGGCUUGAACCUCCAAGGAUUCGGUUCUGGUUUUUGAUUCUGAUUCUGACUCUUGGGUCUUGGUCUUGAUAUCCCUGGUCCUUUUUUGUGGAUUCUUUCUACUGGAGCCAUUUCAGGGGCUGUUGAUUGGUUCCUUCCUGCUCAGGCAUGCUCCUGCCUCCCAAGAGUGGUUUUUCUUACCUUAGCUUCCUGGUCUCAAAUCGCCACUGGCUUUACUGCAAGUGCGACUGAUUCCCAGAUUUCACUGUAGCUGCUACCUUAGCUGCUCACUACUACUACACCUUCCCUCCCACCCCAUUGAGAUUCAGCGCGCAGUCCCGCCCCCCUCCUCCACCUGCCACCAUCUCAUCGUUCAUCAUUAACCCAUCACCAUCCACCCAUCCACCAUCGGCUUUCCGCCAUCACACACGCACGCACACACGCAUACACACGCAUACACCCGCUCCAUCGCAUCGUCUAAUCAUCCUGUUGACAAUCUAUCAAUCACUUUGUUUGGACGCGCAUCUUGGAAUCUUCAGAGCUCUGUUGAUAUUCUUGUUGUUACGCGACCGUUCGUUGGUUUUACUUGCGCGCCCAUACGCUGGCUGGCUAAUCUGAUCAUUGAGAUUCGUCCGUGAGCCUCUUUGACGUCGUUGUCGCACAACGCGAUCCCGCGUCUAUAUUUCAUAUCAUUCUAUCACCAGACAAAGUCAUAGGUCUGACGCAACAACCCCAGCGCACACUCAAGCGCAGUCAUUCUCCUGGAGUUUACGACUCGCCUCAGCUUGGCGAUGACGGUAUGUCGGCGAUUAGUAUUUCGCCGCUACUUUACUCAUUUCGGCACCCGACUACCUUGCGCCAGAAACGGCGAUCAAUUACGAUUCCUUGAUUGCUAUUUUUGUUCCUAUGCUUUAUGCCGUAUUUCGUUGCAGUAUUUGCGGGCUCAAAAGUUCAACUGGUGGCAAAAGUGCUGACCUAUCUUGCAACCUACAGGUGAUACAAAACCACUUCGAAAGAAGGCAAGACCGAUGAAUAAACGAUCAACAGGGAGCAUUUCCGAGGCUCCCGGGCAGGCCGCAGGCUCGAACCUUCCUCAGGCUAUUCCUCCACCGCAGACUCCCCAGUCUCAAGGCUCAGGGCUGCCACAAACGAGCCCUGCAUAUACGCCGCAGACACAGAUGCCGCCGAAGACCACUCCAACCAAGUCAACACUGAAGGCUCUGCCCACUGUGCGAGACCACACGACCGACCAGCUCAAUCCGACUGGAGACGAGUAUAUACCCCGUGAAAUCGAUGAGUUCGGAGAGAAGAAAGUCCAGCUCAACGGCACGCUCAACGGAGGACGUGAAUACAAGUGCCGAACAUUCUUGGUCCCUAACCGCGGGGAUAAAUUGUUCAUGCUGGCUACCGAAUGUGCUAGGGUUUUGGGUUACCGUGAUUCGUACCUCUUGUUCAACAAGAACAGGUCCCUGUACAAGAUUAUCGCAAGCCAGGCCGAAAAGGAUGAUUUAGUUGGGCAAGAAAUCCUUCCCUUCUCGUAUCGAUCCAGGCAGAUUGCCAUCGUCACCGCCAGGUCAAUGUUCCGACAGUUUGGAAGCCGUGUGAUUGUCAAUGGCCGCAGAGUUCGCGAUGACUAUUGGGAAACCAAGGCCCGGAAACAGGGAUUCACUGAAGCUGACCUUGCCGGCGAGAAGCGCCCCGGUGCUACGAAGGCAAGAGAGGCGGCCGAGGCCCAGCAGAACAACGUCUUGUUAGCUGGUCCCCAUCCAGAGAUUGUGUAUAGCAACAACCCAGGACCGUUCCCCGGCCCCCCGCAGCCGCACCUCGUUCAACCAGGUAUGAUCGGACCACCACCCGGAACCACGACAAGAAUGCCCGGAUUGACACUAGGAUCAGACCUAAGCGACUCCCGGCCGCGCGAUUACUCAGGAAUUCUCAAAGGCGGACCUCGUCAGGAGAUCACCGGCCCUGCUUACCAAGACCAGACCCGUCCUUCGCCCCUCGGGGAGCUCAACGCCCAGGCCCAUCAUGCCGCAGAUUUCAACAGGUCAGUUAAUCAGCAGCGGGAUAUGCGCAACGACUAUCUCCAAGGCGUUUGGCGACGCCCACAUGAGCAGCCCCCCUCCAAUCUGACCCAGCAGCCUGUGGCUUCUGCCGACAAUUCCAACACGGCGACCAGCAGGCCUUCACACUCACCUCACACUACAGCUACGGCCAUGUCGCAGCAACCUGGAUUGGUUUCCACUCAAAGCCCUCAAAUGAUGAUGACCACUGCGCCCUACUCCCAGUCAAUCAGCGCGCAGAGCAGUCUCGGUCAAGCGCCCAUGAGGGGUAUGGCUCAAUCACCCACGCAAUCGAUCAGACCAACACUUCCCGGUACAGGGGGCUCCAUGUCUCAGGGAACGCCUGGUUAUAACUACCAAUCGGGUCAGAUGUGGCCGCAGACUCCGCAGGCGCCCCAGCAUGGCUACGGCAGCUACACUGCUCAGUCCCAAGCACCUCACCCGUCUCAGUCGCCAUCACAUCUCCGUCAAGGGAGCUCGGGCCAGAUGCAAAGUAUGCAGUUCCCCGGCAUGGCUGGUAUGCAGUAUGGUGCGGGUCAGAGCAUGUAUCCUGCAGAUCAAACGCCUCGCCAAUACAUGCCUCAAGGUGGCGCUGGUGGGCCAUCAGUCUCUCAAGGCUGGUCCGGUCAGCAUUCACCAGCCCAGCAGUGGUGGACUCCAGGGCAGCAGCCUCAAUAAGUUUGUGAACACCAGCUGGUGAUGCGAAACGAUGGAAUGAUAUAGCCCACGAUCUCACUUCGUUGAGAAGUCCAAUCUGAUAGUGUGGUCUGUUUGUGUUUUUUCUUAUAUCUUUCUUCCAUUUACCCUUUUUAUUUCUUUUAUUUCUUUCUUGGCCUAUCCUGGGUUUACAUACGACUUGAGCCAGAAGACGGCUAUCUUCUUGGUCUGUUUUCCUCCCUCCUGGGUCUCCAUGUAUGCAGAUGAGUGGAGGGGCUAUGUGCAUCUCGAGGGGCCUUAUGGCUUGAAGAAUUGCUAAUAGUAUUUGGACUGGCUGGGAUAGAGGAGUCGGACAGGACCGUGACACAUGAUUGUUUCUUUUUUUUUUUUUUUUUUUUUUUUUUUUGCAUUUUCUAUUUCUUCUACUUGUGGGUUUUGAUAUGAGGUAGUAAGUCUGGUUAGGUACAUUCACGGGGGUAACAUGCCCUGCUGUUGUUUUAUUGUUGUUAUAUGUUUACCAGGCCAUUCUGUUGGAUGCAGGCAUAUGGAUGUUAUUUGGGCAGAUUAUUGGUUUGGUUUGGUUGUUCUGGUGGUACUACGGAUGAGUUUUCGACUGCGACUUGCCUGUGUGUCGUCGCUUAGUACUAUUUGUGUUGGCGAGGCAUACAUCUAUUAGGCUUUCAUUUUGAUACCACGUCACUCUUCGAUUCGUCCUUUUUAAACAUUUCUUUCUUCCUGGAGUACAACGUACCAGUCGUGAAGCGUGUAUAUGCAUGUGCGACAUGUGAGUAUCGCUCGAGAGGGGCGUGAUACCGGCUGGGUGACACAUUGGGGAUUGGAUUGUUGAUGCAGAUUUGAUAAUUCACGUCUAUAGUCUUGCCUUAGCUACUUUGCGGCUUUGCUUGCUGCGUGCAUAACGAUGAUGCUCGAUGAGAUGUUUAGGGCCUCGAGUAAUCCUGUUGCUUUGCGAUGUCCUUUGCACCGUGAGCUAAGGCUCAUGUCAGUCAGAAUCGAAGCUGUGCAACGAAACCGGACUCGACGUUCUGUCCGUGUCUGUUCAUGCAAUACGCAAUCACGACAGCAUGUUUUGACCCGGCCCAGCGAAUCGGGCAGCCUAGGAUGUUGUCGUCCAAUAUCUAGGGCCUAUGUACUGCAUCUGAAGUGACAGCACGGUAACACCCGCCGGGAUGUUUCCGCCGGGACAGUAUUCGCAACGGGGCUUAUCUUGUGAGAGUGCAAGGAAUGUGGAGUGUCUAGAGAGUGUUGACAAGGCGCGUAGUACGACAGCUGAGAUUUAAGUUUCAACUGUACAACGGACCACAGUGGGAAUUGUCAUACCCGCUCAGCCGUGUAGGUCCAAGCAGGGCGACUGAAGAAAAGUGAAGUAGAAUAUCGUGUCAAUAAAUUGUGACAGUGGCACCAUGAACGCCAGAGUCGUCCAUCCAGCCCCUCGGCCGGAUGGCUAACUACAUAUUUCUAAUCACUCUCAUCCCCAUCCAAUGCCUCGUCUCUCUCCUCUUUCCCUUCCUUGAGCUCAAGGGCAUCCUGGGUAUCAUCGCCACUAGCUUCUCCCUCCUCCUCAUCUUCUUCUUCGACUUCAUCGUCCUCUGAAUCUUCGGGGAUCUCAACCUCAUCCUCUGUUGCCGCAUCCUCCUCUGCCUCUGCAUUUCCAGGCUCUACACGAGGGCGCUUAGCUAGAGGGCCUGUUGAGACAGCUGUUAUGUCUCCGUCAGUUUCCAUGUUAGAGGUGUCUGGCAUGUCAGUGUCUGGCCCGUCAGACUUUUUGGCGCGGACUUUUUGACGGUAGGAUGUGCGCUUUUCAGUCUGGAUAGCGUUGAACUCUGUGUGGGGUGUUAGCAGUCUUAUAAUAUACAAUCUGUCCUGCAACGAAAGACAUGGCAGGGCCUAUAAAAAGACAUACUAGCAAAUUCAGCUUCAAGAGGUUCCUUGAGGAACGCGAACUCGGUCUCCUCAAGGGCCUUGAAGACAUCUGCAGGGGAGAUUGUCUUUUUGCCUGCAUUGACGGUGUUUUCAUUGGCGCUACGCAAUUAGUGAUUUACUCUGGGGGGGAGAAGACUUGACGCACUGAGAUGCUAGGUAGUUGAUGAACACUGUGGUGCUCUGGCUUAGAGCCAUGAUGGCAUUGGCCUGGAUCUGUGUGUUGGGGGGUAGAACACCCUUGGACAGACGUGUUAUUAUAGACUUUGGAAGGGUCAAGUCCUAUUGUUCGAAUUGUUCAGUCAGUCUUUGGUUCUGAGCGUCCCUUGUGGACAGAUUUGAACACUGGGUCCUUGCGAGGUCUGUGAGUUGCUGUUCUUGAACCUACCUCGAUGGUGAUGUGCUCCUUAUGCUCUUUCUCUUUGUCCUUGUCCUUCUUGUCUCCAUUCUGGUUCACAGAAGUAUCCGCCUCGGCUUCCGUAGCAGCAGUCUCACUGGCAGCUUGCGGUGCUGGUGCUGGUGCUGGUGCAGUAGGUACUUGUGUGGCCAUAGAAUCGUUGUCAUGUGUUGGAGCGGGUGCUGGGCUUUGGUCCAAGGGCGACACAUCAUCCAUCGGGACAAAUCGUGCAGUCGAAGUGUCGCUUUUUCGCGAGCUAGACUUGCGAGGUGGCAUUGUGAAUGGUGGUGAGAAUAGUAUGUUGACGCUGGGAAGAGAUGCUUUAGAUGUGGCUGUGCAGAUCUUGUUGCCCAGGUAUACAGCUGAGAUGGGGUAAAUGGAUACUUUGGUCGAACAGCAAUGUUAUCCCCUUAUUGUAUUUGAUGUUCAUCAGAGGGAGCACCUCUGAUAUGGCGACCACUUGGUCACUCUCUUCUCAGCCCCUUUCUGGUGGUGAUCUCGAGUCGGGUAUUGGAGAGCAAGGAAUGUCGAGAUCAGUAUUGGUCCCUAUUUUGUUGGUCGAUAUUCAUCUACGCAGCAAGAACCAAACCUCGAUGCUUGCGGACGCUGUAGAUCCUGACCAAGAUAAUUCGUUGUUGGCUUGGAUUUUUAGUGAGAACGCAAGUGAACCAGGACUGAGGUUGGGUGCAAGCUUAGUGAACGCGCCAAAUGGGAUUGAGACGGGAUGUGGCUGGACGCGACAUAUGCCCCGCUGUGAGUGGCUAGGGACGCGUUAAGUGGUUUCUUAGUGGAACAAGGCUGGCACCUCGGGAACAGAGUGCGAUUACUCCGUCCCUAUCCAUAAGGUAAGUAAGUACCUUACAAAGCAAAGCCAAUGGCAUAUCAAUUAAACUUCAUAUAAAGACGUUUUUGGAACGUAACGGGUAUAAGGCUAAUUAUGUCGAUCU